GAUGGUAAGGGAGGUAACUUACUGGGCUGGACGUAUUUAACUCGGGCUCUCUGUUUUGACGGGCUUGUUUCUCUGUUACAGUAACAGCAGUAGUAAAGGUGUAGCCGCCUCACUUUCUCAGUCGCCGACUCCGCCCUUUCGCUGAAUCUUUAUAAAUCCUGGAGCUCCAGGAACGAAGCGAGGCAAAACGGGACAUUAUACCGAAAGCGCGCGCACAUCCACGCACGGGUGUCAUUCCAUGCACCAUACACUCACCACUCCUUUCUCAACGUCUAUCAAAACACAUCUUGCGGACGCCCUUUUGGUCACAUCCACGGGUUUAUGGCCGCUACGCUUCUUACCAUGAGCGCUGCGCUCGCACCGGGACAAGAUGACUUUCUCUCGCUUCUUAAACCCUCACUGUCCGACGGCUUUCAGGAGGACUCCUCUCUGUUUUGCUUUGAACACAAGAAUCCUGACUCGGAAAGGGGCUUAUCCAACGACUAUUCUCAGGCUAAACUAGAGAUGGAUAAAUAUCUGUCUCCACAACCUGUGGUUCUCCCUGACCUAAAGAAAUCAAGACGAGAAAGUGUCUCUACAAUGGACCAGUAUUUUGGGGAUGACCACGGAUCCCCCUACAGCAUCAAUAUGAAUGUCUACCUUCCUGACAUUGCUUAUCUAAGAACGGGUCUGUGCCGGGCGGCACGGCAUUCUGUUUCCAACCAGGUCAAAACUGAGCCUGUAACGGCACCAUUCUCUCAUCCUGAGUGUCCCGUGAGCUCAAGCGGCCCUGCUCCGUCCGCACUGCCAGAUUUCACCAGCAUCUUUAACUCCAAUUCCACUUCAGGCUCCGGAAUGGACGUUGUGGAUGAUAGCGCCGGGGUUUUUGUUAAGCAGGAGAUGCAAGGCUUUGACAUCCCGCAGGAUGGGCCGCUCUUCCAGCUCCUCAACUCAGAGCUGGACGUCCCUGAUCCAACUGACCCUCAUGCUCACUCACAGAUGCCUACUUUCCACAACCUGCACUUAGCUGCCCAACAGACUGCUGCCAAAUCAUACUGUGGCAUGGCGGCCCAUGGGUACCCUCUCAGCCACGGUCACUUUGUUCAUCCUCAGGAUCAGGCUCACUCGCAGCUCAAAAUGACAUAUCUGCCCCCUUCACCUCCCACUUCAGAACCGGGCAGUCCUGACAGACAGAAGGAACUGCUUCACAAUCUGACACCGCCACCAUCUUACGCUGCCACUAUCGCCUCUAAAAUGGCUGGCCACGCACCCAGUCACCCCACACCCGCUUCCGCACGACCCCCCACAACCACUGGGUCCAUGCCUGUCCGAUACAACCGCAGGACAAAUCCAGACCUCGAGAAAAGACGGAUACAUCACUGUGAUUUUCCAGGUUGCAAGAAAGUUUACACCAAGUCGUCCCACCUGAAAGCUCACUUGAGGACACACACUGGUGAGAAGCCGUAUCGCUGCACGUGGGAAGGCUGCGACUGGCGGUUCGCUCGAUCCGAUGAGUUGACACGUCAUUUCAGGAAACACACCGGAGCCAAACCCUUCCAGUGCGCCGUGUGCAGCCGCAGCUUCUCUCGCUCCGAUCAUCUCGCCCUGCAUAUGAAGAGGCAUCAGAAUUAGAUACACUAACUCCAACAGACACACAUACUUAUUAUUAUGCACUUGAAGUGAUCGACUUCUUUCUUUCUCUACACCACGACGAACCUUAUAACGUUUAGGGUAAUCUCUCUCUGACCUGUCGAGAGUGUCUACUAUAAACAGACAAACUUUUGAUAUUACUAUGAAAUCCAGUUUCUUUCCUUUGGAUAUCGUAAUGUCCCUUUUUCUCUCUCUAUACAUGAACUUUCCGUUAAGACCCUCAUCUCAUUUUGGCUUUCUCGAUUAAUAAGACAAAUAAGCUGUCUUGUGUUUGAGGCUUUCGUCCUCUGAUUGGAACAAGAAAUGGAACUAACACAGGAAUUUUUCUUGUACAUCUGCAAAGCACUAAUGCUGGGUUCAGACUACACAAUAUCAGCCUGAUGUUGGCAUGGUCUGGUUAAAGUUGUGGUGAUUUGUUAACAAAAAUGGAUGUCCCAAGGCAAAAAUUAAUAGUGUAAAACAAUUGACAGUAUCUGGAACACUUCGGAAAGACUAGCGUUUUUGGGUUUGACAAAUUGGGUAAGGAUAAAGACCAUAGAACACGCAAGAAGUGUCACUUCUAUAGUUUUGAAUGGGGAAAAAGGUAACAGUCAAUUUGGCCACUGCAGUGCAGGAAGUCCUGCCUUCUAGUAAAGGAGCCAAUAAUCGAUUAUUGUAGACUGACAAUUCUCCAGGGGCGGGGGAGCUCCAUGUUUUUACAAAUCUCAUCAAAUACUUGCCUCGCAAUCAUGAUAAAUAGAUCUACAUAAAGCUUGAAAUAUUUUAAUUGAAGCAACUACAAUUGAAAACAAAUGUUUCCUGGUUUUGUUAUCUGAACGAAUGUGAAGUACAGUCCGUCUGAUCUAA